AUGGAGACAAUCAAAGCUGUUUUCUUCGGGCCAGACCCCCAAGUCCAGAUGAGAAAAUGCAAAGCUCUCAUUCGUGGCAACACCCGACAACUUGAUCGUGACAUUGCCCAGCUCAAAGUCCUUGAUAGCAAAACCCGACAACAUAUAAUCAAUGCUUCAAAACGAGCACAACGCAAUCCGUCCCAGGCCAAACAGGCGAUCAGUGAAACUAAGAUCUUUGCCCGAGAACUAGUGCGGAUUCGAAGACAGACAACUCGCCUGAAUACUAGUCGGGCCCAACUACAGAGUGUGGGCAUGCAAGUGGAUGAAGCCUUUUCGGUACGCAAGAUCCAAGGUAGUCUACAGAAGUCUACGGGGAUCAUGAAAGACGUGAAUACAUUGGUUCGACUUCCAGAGUUAUCCUCUACAAUGUUCCAGCUAUCAACGGAGUUGGUCAGGGCAGGCAUCAUUGAAGAGAUAGUGAGCGAUGCUAUCCCAGACAAUGAACUGCUAGAAGAUGAGGAAGAGGAAGCAGAUGAGGAGGUAGAGAAGAUUCUACAAGAGAUCUUGAAAGGAAAGCUUGCUCAGGCACCCGAGAAGCCCGAGUCUCCAGUGGAAGAACCUGCUGAGACCGAACCUAUGUUCGAGGAACAGGAAGCAACUCUCGAACAAAUGCGGGACCGGCUAGAAGCUUUGAAAAGUUGA